CCCCUGUGCGUAUAUCUUUGGCCGGACCUUAUCGAGGAUUGCACGGGUUAGAAAAUGAAAGUAUUCUGCCAUGUGAAUGGACUAUCAGUGCUGUUUUGCUAGUCUAGCAGUAGCUACAGUCUUUCCUUAAUACGAUUUCGGCCACAGCGCGUUCCACUGCUCCUGUCAGAUUACACUGACGGAACCCGGAUUUGUUUUGCUAGGUAGCUAUUAGCUACAUAGCUAGCAUACACAGUCUGUGCUAAUAGUGCUAAUUUAGAAAAAAAUUGUCAAGUGAGAAUAACAUCCGGCUUUGCUUAUAUCAGAUGACUACCAGACAGUUCUUGCUCCGGUACUUAUGACUGUCCCUCUGUCACAAUGUAUCUGAGGUCAGUUUUACAAAGUAACGGAACAAGCCGCCCUGAAGUAGUUAGUUAAUGACAACAGUGAGCUAGCUAACCUGCUAGAGCUAGCUAGCCAGGUUACAGCUCACCGUAACCAUCGUCAACAUUUCAGGCAUCUCUCAGAGUAAAGAAAGGUUUCGGGCAAGCUAACUUGAAACCAUUACCUUGUCGACUGGGGAUAACAUUUCAAGCGACAAUGGCUAACGUUACAGACCUACAAGCAAAAUACAGCAAGCUGGCUCAGGAGUAUUCCAAGCUCCGGGCCCAGAAUCAGGUGCUGAAGAAGGCAGUUGUGGACGAACAGGCCAAUUCUGCCUCAUUAAAGGAACAAUUGAAGCAGAAGGACCAAAGUUUGAGGAAGCAGGAGCAGGAGAUGGACAGCCUCAGCUUCAGAAACCAACAGCUGGCCAAGAGGGUGGAGUUGCUACAGGAGGAGCUCGCUGCCAGUGAAGCCAAGGGCAGAAAGGGGAAGAGUAAAGGAGACUCACCGUCUCAACAUGGAUUGCAGACCCAGAGUGUAUUUGAUGAAGACCUACAGAAAAAGAUUGAAGAGAAUGAGCGACUUCAUAUCCAAUUCUAUGAAGCAGAUGAGCAACACAGGAGACAGGAAGCUGAGCUAAGGACGCGACUAACUGAGCUAGAGAAAGACUCCGAGCAGCACCAGGCUGUUGUGGAUGGACUCACCACUAAGUACAUGGAAACUAUAGAGAGGCUACAGAGCGACAAGGCCCGCUUAGAGAUAAAAGCACAGACGCUCGAGAGGGAGGCAAAAGACUGCAGAAUGCGGACAGAAGAAUGUCAGCAGCAGUUGAGGCGGUGCCAGUCAGAACUAAACAGACAAGUGAAACAGAGCAGCAGUGUUAUUCAGGAGAAAGUGCCCUUCAAUGACACCAAAUUUAGUGACUACAACAGCUUAAAUGUGCCACCACACAAUCGAAGGCACCAGCUUAAGGCCCGAGAUGUAGCAGGUCAGGCCCUCAGCUUCAUUCAGGAUCUAGUGGCGGCUCUGUUGAACUUCCAUACGUACACAGAACAGAGGGUGCACAUCUAUCCCCUGGAUUCCUCCAUUGAACCCAUUUCUCCUCUUAACCAGAAGUUUUCUCAGUAUCUACAUGAGAACGCAGCCUAUGUGCGCCCCCUGGAGGACAGUUUUCUGCAAUUGCACCAAAGUAUCACAGAGGAUACUGUCACAGUACUGGAGACUGUGGUCAAGCUCAAGAGCUUUGCUGAUAAUUUCUCCUCGUACACCCACUUUCUUCAAAAGAUUCUUCCCUACCAGCUGAAAAGCUUAGAAGAAGAGUGCGAGGCCCCUCUUUGUACAGCUGCCCUUACUAUGAAAAACCAUGAGCUGCAGGGGGAUAUGAAGAGAGUAACUUCUGUGUUUGAGAAGCUGCAAAACUACAUCAACCUUUUGGCCUUACCAAGUGUGCAGCAGGAUGCCCUGCCACAGAGCAGCACCUCUGCUGUUUUCACCCAGCUGGCUGCCUUUCUGCACAGUCUUCACGAUGCCAUUAAAGAGAUGUCAAAGCACUACAACCAGAAGGCUGCCUUAGAGCAGGAGCUCCCCACAGUCACCCAGAAGCUCUGUACCACCACAGAGUGCCUGGUCGGAUCUCUGAGUUCACUUACCAGCAGCACUGGCAAGAUUGCCACUUUCUUCAGCAACAACUUGGACUUCUUCACAUCAUCAGGCUAUUGUCCAAAAGGCUGCACAGUAGCCCUCAACCCCUUGCAAGCAGAGAGUAUGCUGGCCAACAAAAAGAAAGCAGCUGGUUAUAUUCAUGCGCUCAGAAAGCCCAGGCCACAGUCUGUUCCAUACAGAGACGCUCUGUCAAACCGUCGUAUUCUCACCAGCUCCACUGAGAGUAGAGAGGGCCUCACUCAGCAGCCCUCCUCCCACAAGCUCACUGUCCACUCCUCUCCUUCCCCUCUUGGCCACCUUCAGGUGCAGCAGAGCCAGGAGAAGAUUGCACGCCUGGAGCAGGAGAAGGAGCACUGGCUCCUGGAGGCCCAGCUGGGGAAAGUACGGUUGGAAAAGGAGAACCAGCGCAUUGCGGACCUGGAAGCCCAGCUUGCAGCAGCUCUAGGGGGAAGUCCGAGCUCUCAAACAGCUGCUGCCAGCACGCUCGCACAGAGCCAUGAGGAAGCAGAGACAGAACAGAAAGCAGCAGGAAAAGAGACGACACUAUGCACCAGCCUGGUUGGCAUGCUGUGCACAACACCUUCAGUUGAACAUGUGGGAGAUGAGGAGUCCAGGGAGCAGCUGAUAAAGACUCACUACAUGGUCCGAGUCGGAGAGCUCACCACACAGCUCCAGAUCUCAGACAGCAAAGCUGUGCAUUUCCACUCUGAGUGUCGUGCUUUGGCCAAGCGAUUAGCCAUUGCAGAAAAAUCACGGGAGACUCUGAGCGAAGAGGUUAAACUGGCUAAUCAGAACAUCACACGCUUGCAGGAUGAGCUGGCGACGACGAAGAGGAGCUAUGAAGACCAGCUCAGCAUGAUGAGUGAUCACCUGUGUAGUAUGAAUGAGACACUGAGCAAGCAGAGAGAGGAAAUUGACACACUGAAGCUGGGCAGCAAGGCAAAUGCCAAAAAGAACAAAGGUCGCUAGAGUUGUGCCCUCCAGACUCUGGUUCCAUUUGGCACCACGAUGGAAGAUCUGGACCUGGUACUAAUGCUACCACCCUCACUAAAACAACAGGAUGGCUUCAUAAGCCACUCUCACACAGUGGCAAUACAAAUAAACUGUUUGGGGAAUUCAAAAUGACUGAAGAAUUAUCUUUUUUCCAUUCUUCUUGUCAUAGCACCAGUUACAACAUAAUGUUAUUUACUAAAAAUGCUCUAUGGAACUAUAAUGGAAGCUGCUGCUUGACCUUAGGGCCAGAGCAACGUGGGAGUGAAAUUUAUUUUCCCCAAAAUGGACACAGAACGAUGCACAGUUGGAGUUGGUUAUUCUCACUGACGUCAUGACUUGAAAACCAAACCCUGUUGAUCAGUGCGUGUUCUUUUACUGCUUAAUUUUUGUGUGACAUUCAGUUAAACUGCAUUCAUAACUGCUUAUCUAUGGUAGGAGUGGGCAGAGUAAAUGUUGGUGUGACUGUGUGCCGAGGAGUGACCGUGGCACCAGGCUUACAGCAUGUCAGCAUUGUUUUACUUUUUUUUUUUUUGUUUUUUUGUUUUUUUUACAUUAGAUUUGACGUAAUUUGUGAUGGUGAUUCAAAUGGGCUGUAUAUCUGCAUACAGCGCAGUGGCCCUUCUAACAAAUAUAUCACAAACUUCUGUUAAGAAGGGCUUUACAAUGUGAACACUUAAACACUUGAAUCCAUUCCUCAUAAAAAAAAAAACCUAUUCAGUGGAAAAGGAGAGAAGAAAAGAUGUCUGCCUUGAAGCACUGACUCACUGUGUUUACGUAGAGGAGAGGGGUUGAAUGGACAUGUCGAAGCUCGUAAAACGCUGUCAGUCUGUCUCUGUGAAGUUACUCUGAAACAAUAGUUGUUUUUUUAUCACCAAAGUAUGUGUUGAUGUGCACUUGGAAGCCUGGUGUAGCACAACAUUAUUCUCAUGUUGUAAUAUGAAUGGAUAAAAAGGAUUAAUGUGAAUAUACACUCAUUUGAAAACAUAAUGUAAGUGUAUUGUAUCAUUUCUUUAAAAAAAAAAAAAUCUAUAUGAAAGGCAUUUCUUCUGAUGUUACAAGUGUUUAUUUUCCCAAAACUUUACAAAUGUAAUCUGGAAACUGCAGAACCAAGUAUCUGGUUCUUUGAGAGUCUCCUAUGAGGCUAAAUGACUGAGACGUUUAGAGGGGUUGGCCCAUACAGGAACUGGUGCUUAGACCUGAUUCAUGACUCACAGCAGAGUACAGUAAAAGUUUACAGUACAUCAGGACCUCUGUAGCUUGUAGUGACAUGAAGAGGGAAAAGCAGAAAAGGCCCAUCAGUGGUUAUGAGCAGUUCAUUCAGACCUCUUAUUUGCCAGUGUACACCUGCCAGUGACCCCCUGAACUGUUCAAAAUAAUACUUAUAUUCUCACAAUGUAACCAGUUCAAAAGCACAUAAAUAUGUGAAACAAAAUAAAGAGCUCGCUCAACACUAAAA